CGUCGUACGAAAACUAGCUUAGCUCUGAAAUAUGGCGGCCCCCUUGAAUUUUAACUCGCCAAAGAAUUUACUUGUUUUUGAACAAUCGUCAUUUUCCAACGAGAAAUCGAGACAUAAAACAGUGAUUGGUGAUCACUAUUUUAACUGUGCCGUCGAGGUUUGUUCCCCAAAUGUUGCUCAAAUUCCAACUACUGUCACAGCGUCUCUCUCACCGAGUUCAUACUACAUAGUCAGGAAUCUACCUCUGUCCAGGUUGAUUGACAAGGAGUUCAUAGAAGCCUUUGUGAGAAAUGGUGCAUUUUAUGCCGUAUCCUUGAAUACGCGCAUCGAUGUAGCCAAUUCUGUGGCAGUUUUACCAACAGGAAAAUUGGUGUUGUCUGUUGACAAAGACAUGUAUGAAACGCUGGGGCUGGAAGGCCGAAGAUCCAUUUUUAGCCAAACAAGAGAGAGAAAGUUUGUGAUUGAGGUGGAACUCACAAAACCUUCAUUUACUCCGGGCAAGAAAAACUACGAGCGAACUAAGUGGUGUUUCAGUGAGCGGCUCAAUCUUAGGUUUGACUUUGUUUUCACGUGGGUACCCCACGACAAGUCGAUAUGCUCGUCCUCCGUGGGAAAGUACUUCAGCGGCAUGGGUCUGUCUGUAUCAUCAUGUAGAGCACAGAUGAUGUCCAAUACAAUGAAAGACGUUUGUGUCCCCGACCUGUUGGCAUUAAAUAUUUUAGAAAACAGCCAAGAUUUAUUCGAGUGGCUUGGAGCUGUAUCAUGUUAUAUUGAUAGUGAAGAAGAAGCAAGCAAUGAUUUUGUAAGCAUGUACACCACACCUAGUCCAUGCAAUAUUUGCACACAGUUAACUCAUGCAAAGUGGCAAGGGUUUUUCACACCAGAAGCUAUAGCAAUGGUCAUCGAUGAAAUCAGGUUGUAUUUGAAAACGCCAGACCAUCCACCGUGGGCCAGCGUAACAGUGCAUGGGUAUGCUGACUCCCCUGUUAGCUGGAGAGGAAAAGAGCAUGGAUAUCAUCAAGGUGGUGAAAAUAUAUACACCUACAUUGUCUUUCCAAAUGACAAUUAUUGGCUUUACAUGGCUGUUGGCUCUCAUGAUGUCUGUCCAUGAAAUAUAAUUAUAUUUUUUAAAUUACUAGCGCCUACAAUUAAAAAUAUGUUAAAAAAGUUCUAUCUGCCUUAGUCACCCG